AUGGACGCCAGUCAACCCCUAAACUCAUCAAUAAAUGAACCUACCGAAUCCAUGAUAGAAGCCGCCAAAAACGAUUACGCUAAUCGGCUUUACGUGCACACUCAACAACAACUUAUACGCGCGAAAUCGAAGCAACAUCAUCAAAAGCCUAAAAGAAGAGAAAAAAAUCCAAUUAAUGUGAGCACUACAAGUUUUAUCACUCAACCAAUGGUAUGUUGUUCGCCAAAAUUGAGAAAAUCGGAGGUGGAGGACAUUGAUAAAAAUGGUGGGUUGUCUUCUUCAGGAUUUAGUAAUUGA